AUGCCCGGCCUCGCCGGCUUGGCAGAGCCGAGGCUCGACCGGGCCUUCCGCGGGCACCGCGCGCCUGUGACCUCUGUGGUGUUCCAUCCAGAUGAGCAACAGGCCAUUUCCGGAGCUCAUGACGGCUGCCUCUUUGUCUGGCACUUCAAGCCUCAACUUCGACCUUUCCGCUUCGUGGGCCACAAAGGCGAGGUGCAUGACCUCGCCAUCAGCCGCUCCGGGCAGUGCAUUGCGUCAGCCUCUGCAGAUCAGACGGUUCGGCUGUGGACCAACUCGGCCCAGGGCGACUCCAAGGUCAUGAAGGUCCACACGGCGCCUGUGCGAAGCGUCUGCUUCUCAAGAGACGAUUCGACUCUGCUCACUGCAUCAGAUGACAAGACCAUCAAGCUGUGGUCUGUGGCCUCCCAACGGUUUCAUGCCUCCUUGUUGGGACACACGAAUUGGGUGUACUCCGCGCACUUCUCCAAGAACUCAGAACUUGUCGCUUCUGGUGGCGAGGAUCGAAUUGUGCGAGUUUGGGACGUGGACAAGAAGGCCACACUCAUGACCUUUCCAGACUUCGAAGUUCCGGUGGCCAAGGUCAGGUUCCAUCCUGAUGGGUCUUGUAUCGCAGCAUGCGGCCACGAUGGCUGCAUCAAGCUCUGGGACUUGCGCUCGCGCAGGCUGCUCCAGCAUUAUGAUGCCCAUGUCGGCCGAAUCUCCGCCAUUGACUUCCACCCGCUUGGUGAGCAGCUUGCAUCGACCGGAGAGGACGGAGCCCUGAAAAUUUGGGAUCUGCGCGAAGGCAGGCUGAUGCACAAGGUCAUUGGGCAGGGCCACAAGAAGGCUCCAAUGGCUUGUGCUUUCUCGCCAUCGGGAGAGAGUCUUGCGACAGCCGGUCAAGAUGGCUUGGUCCUGACUUGGAACUGCUCGCAUGCACCGGCGCCAGCACCGGCGCCGGGCGCGGCGGUGGCACCAGUGCCGAGUCCUGCUCGGCGCCACCCGGUGCAGACUCCCGAGAGGGCGCAGGUGAGGGCGCCCUCGGAGGGCCGUGCCCGCGAGCUUCGGGAGCUCCGGGAGCUCCGCGAGGUCCGGGAGCUCAAGACUCCCAAAGAGACCUUCCCCAAAGAAGCCUUCAAAGAGGUGCCCAAAGAGGCCCCCGGCGACCAGCUUCCAGCUGCGGCCGUGCCUUGUGGCACACAAGAGAUCCCCGUGCCGCUGGCAGAGACCUUGAAGACAAUGCAGAGCCACUUGGAGAUCAUGAUGCGCACCGUGCAGCUGCUAGACCAGCGCCUGGCACUGAACGAGCAGCAGGUGACUGCAAUGCGCUCCGAGCUGUUGCAGCAGCAGGCAACACUCCGGGUCGAGGAGACCUCUGCGGAGCCACGAACUUCACAGACAGCACAGGCAGUGUGCCUUGACAAGGAAGAUGAGCUUCUGCUGCCCACAGCACCCGAGGAGGAGCUGCGGCAUGAACUGCAGCAACUGCGGCAGCUGCUUUGA